CCGCGCCUGGUGGGGCCGGGGCCCGCGGCGGCCCCAGAGCGAGGCGGCCCCAGAGCGAGGCGCCCCCGGCCGCGGCCCCCGAGAAACUUUCUUAUCGCGAGGAGCGCGCGCCCGGGCCGGCGCCGCGCGGGGGAUGCGCCAGUGUGCGCGGCGGCGGGGACCCGGACCCGGACCUGGAGCCCGAGCCCGAGCCCCAGCCCCAGCCCCAGCCCCAGCCGGAGACCGGGACCCGGACGGGGACGGCGGGCGCGCCGGACAGUAGACCUCAUUGCUGCUGCGCUAACCAUGAAUGGGAUGGCCAACGUGAACUCUGCCAGCCGCCCCCACUAUGCCUCCUCCAUCCCUGUGCCUCGAGCUGCUUCCCAGACCAGGAUCCACACGCCAGGCGCCUCUCCCCAGCUGCGGACACGCCAGGCUGGCCUGGCCCUGAGCCCCCAGCGUGCGGCCUCCCCAAGACUGGGCAAGGCAGGAGGCCCUUCCAGAAACUCCUCUCCUAAGGCCUCCCGGGGGAGAGGCUCCCCCAAGCCUCCUGGGGCGGCGAGGGAGUCAGCGGAGGGUGGUGAAGGCCUUUCCAGCUCCCCAUGGAGCAGUCCCAGGGCAACCCCAAAAGCAGCCCUCUCCAGCUGGGCUGGGCCCAGAAGAGCUGGGGAGACACAAGGCACCCAGGGAAAGAAGAAGGUGGCUCCAGAAGGGAUCCCAGUCCGCCAGACCCGGGGCAGGAGCCCAUCCCGAAUGAGCUCUCGUGGAGAAACUCAAAUACCGGGGGCUCCUGAAGGUCGAAAACCUCCUGGCUACCCAGGAAAGGAUCAAAGGGAUACAAACUACAAAGGUUCGGGGGUCCUGAGGUCUUUGGAGCCUGAUGCCGGGGCAGCGUCAGGGGCUUCCUCCCCGGGGUGCAGCCCCGUGCAGAGCAAACGCCCCUCGCCCACCCCAGGGCCCAUCAGCUUCGCCUCGGGCCAUCAGCAGAGUCAGCCGGUCACAGCCACAGUGGCCCCCUUCCAGUACAGGCUGCAGACAGACCAGGAACCCGGCCCCCUCCCUCAGGCUGGCUGGGUCCUUGAUGACUACUCUGGCUGCCCUGCGGAGACCGAGGACAGCUUCUCCUGUACAGACGCGCGGAUCGUCCAUGCGCUCCCGGCGGGCAGGAUGCUGGGCAGCGGCGUCAAGAGCGCGCAGCCCGAGCUGGAGCUGAGCGGCGGCGGCGGCGGCGGCGGCGGCGCGGACGAGGGCGCGGACGAGGCUCGGGGCGCCGGGCGCAGGGCGGCGGGGGACGGCAGAGGGAUGCUGCCCAAGCGCGCCAAGGCCCCCGGCGGCGGCGGAGGAGGCGGCGGCGGGGGCGGCGGGGCCAAGGCCGGCGCGGCCGAGCUCAAGGUCUUCAAGUCCGGCAGCGUGGACGGCCGAGCGCCCGGCGGGCCCCCCGCCUCCAACCUGCGCAAGCAGAAGUCGCUCACCAACCUCUCGUUCCUCACCGACUCGGAGAAGAAGCUGCAGCUGUACGAGCCCGAGUGGAGCGACGACAUGGCCAAGGCGCCCAAGGGCCUGGGCAAGGCGGGCGCCAAGGGCCGCGAGGGCGCGCUCAUGUCCAAGACGCUGUCCAAGUCGGAGCACUCGCUCUUCCAGGCCAAGGGCGGCCCGGCGGCCGGCGCCAAGACCCCGCUGGCCCCGCUGGCGCCCGGCCUGGGGAAGCCCAGCCGCAUCCCGCGCGGCCCCUACGCCGAGGUCAAGCCGCUCAGCAAGGCGCCCGAGGCGGCCGUGAGCGACGACGGCAAGUCGGACGACGAGCUGCUCUGCAGCAAGGCCAAGGCGCAGAAGGGCUCGGCGCCCGCGCCCGCCGCCAAGGGCCAGGAGGAGCGCGCCUUCCUCAAGGUGGACCCCGAGCUCGUGGUCACGGUGCUGGGAGACCUGGAGCAGCUGCUCUUCAGCCAGAUGCUGGACCCGGAGUCCCAGAGAAAGCGGACCGUGCAGAAUGUCCUGGAUCUUCGGCAGAACCUGGAGGAGACCAUGUCCAGCCUGCGGGGGUCCCAGGUGGCCCACAGCUCCCUGGAGAUGACCUGCUACGACAGCGACGACGCCAACCCUCGCAGCGUGUCCAGCCUCUCCAGCCGCUCGUCCCCUCUGUCCUGGCGCUAUGGCCAGUCCAGCCCGCGGCUGCAGGCCGGGGACGCGCCGUCGGUGGGCGGGGGCUGCCGCCCCGAGGGGCCGCCCGCCUGGUACAUGCACGGGGAGCGGGCCCACUACUCGCACACCAUGCCCAUGCGCAGCCCCAGCAAGCUCAGCCACAUCUCCCGCCUGGAGCUGGUCGAGUCCCUGGACUCGGACGAGGUGGACCUCAAGUCCGGCUACAUGAGCGACAGCGACCUCAUGGGCAAGACCAUGACGGAGGACGACGACAUCACUACCGGCUGGGAUGAAAGCAGCUCCAUCAGCAGCGGGCUCAGUGAUGCUUCGGACAACCUCAGCUCAGAAGAGUUCAAUGCCAGCUCCUCCCUCAACUCCCUCCCGACGACCCCCACCGCCUCUCGCAGGAACUCCACGAUAGUGCUCCGCACAGACUCAGAGAAACGCUCGCUGGCGGAAAGCGGGCUGAGCUGGUUUAGUGAAUCAGAGGAGAAGGCCCCCAAAAAACUGGAGUACGACAGUGGUAGCCUGAAGAUGGAACCCGGGACCUCCAAGUGGCGGAGAGAGCGGCCCGAAAGCUGCGACGAUUCAUCCAAGGUCGGAGAGCUGAAAAAGCCUGUCAGCCUGGGACACCCCGGGUCCCUGAAGAAGGGCAAGACCCCACCAGUGGCUGUCACGUCCCCCAUCACUCACACAGCCCAGAGCGCCCUCAAAGUCGCAGGCAAACCUGAGGGCAAAGCCACGGACAAGGGUAAACUUGCCGUGAAGACCACCGGGCUCCAGCGCUCGUCCUCCGACGCCGGCCGGGACCGCCUGAGCGACGCUAAGAAGCCCCCGUCGGGCAUCGCUCGCCCCUCCACCUCGGGCUCUUUCGGCUACAAGAAGCCUCCUCCGGCCACAGGCACGGCCACCGUCAUGCAGACCGGGGGAUCGGCCACGCUCAGCAAGAUCCAGAAGUCCUCGGGCAUCCCCGUCAAGCCCGUGAACGGCCGCAAGACGAGCCUCGAUGUGUCCAACGGCGCCGAGCCCGGGUUCCUGGCGCCCGGCGCCCGCUCCAACAUCCAGUACCGCAGCCUGCCGCGGCCCGCCAAGUCCAGCGCCAUGAGCGUGACCGGCGGGCGGGGCGGGCCGCGGCCCGUCAGCAGCAGCAUCGACCCCAGCCUCCUCAGCACCAAGCAGGGGGGCCUCGCGCCCUCCAGACUCAAGGAGCCUUCCAAGGUGGCCGGCGGCCGCCCCGCUCCGGCCCCCGUCAACCAGACAGACCGGGAGAAGGAGAAGGCCAAAGCCAAGGCGGUGGCCUUGGACGCGGACAGCAUCUCCCUGAAGAGCAUCGGCUCCCCCGAGAGCACCCCCAAGAACCAGCCCAGCCACCCGCCGGCCCCCAAGCUGGCGGAGCUGCCACCGACCCCUCUCAGGGCCACGGCUAAGAGCUUCGUCAAGCCGCCCUCGCUGGCCAACCUAGACAAGGUCAACUCCAACAGUCUGGAUCUGCCGUCGUCGACUGACGCCCACGCCUCCAAGGUCCCAGACCUGCAUCCUCCGAGCUCCGCAAGCGGGAGCCCUCUCCCUUCUUGCUUCACCCCUAGCCCCGCACCCAUUCUCAAUAUUAACUCAGCCAGCUUCUCCCAGGGCCUGGAGCUAAUGAGUGGUUUCAGUGUCCCCAAAGAGACCCGCAUGUACCCCAAACUCUCAGGCCUGCACAGGAGCAUGGAGUCCCUCCAGAUGCCAAUGAGCCUGCCCAGUGCCUUCCCCAGCAGUAGUCCGGUCCCUGCCCCACCCGCCCCCACCGCUGCACCCCCAGAGGAAGAGGCGGAAGAGCUGACCUGGAGCGGAAGCCCCAGAACCGGACAGCUGGACAGCACUCCACGGGAUCGGAACACUCUUCCCAAGAAAGGGCUCAGGUACCAGCUGCAGUCCCAGGAGGACACCAAGGAGAGGCGACACUCGCACACCAUCGGCGGGCUGCCCGAGUCCGAUGACCAGUCGGAGCUGCCGUCGCCCCCGGCUCUCUCCAUGUCCUUGAGCGCAAAGGGCCAGCUCACCAACAUAGUGAGUCCCACUGCGGCCACCACGCCAAGAAUCACCCGCUCCAACAGCAUCCCCACCCACGAGGCGGCCUUCGAGCUGUACAGCGGCUCCCAAAUGGGGAGCACCCUGUCCCUGGCCGAGAGACCCAAGGGGAUGAUUCGGUCAGGAUCCUUCCGAGACCCCACGGACGAUGUCCACGGCUCUGUGCUGUCCCUGGCGUCCAGUGCCUCCUCCACGUACUCCUCAGCUGAGGAGAGGAUGCAGUCUGAGCAAAUCCGGAAGCUUCGUAGGGAACUGGAGUCGUCCCAGGAAAAAGUGGCCACCCUGACGUCUCAACUUUCUGCCAACGCUAACCUGGUGGCGGCCUUCGAGCAGAGCCUGGUGAAUAUGACCUCCCGCCUGCGACACCUGGCAGAGACCGCGGAGGAGAAGGACACGGAGCUGCUGGAUUUACGAGAAACCAUAGACUUUCUGAAGAAAAAGAACUCUGAAGCACAGGCCGUCAUUCAGGGAGCCCUUAAUGCCUCAGAAACCACACCCAAAGAACUCCGGAUCAAGAGACAGAACUCCUCGGAUAGCAUCUCGAGCCUCAACAGCAUCACCAGCCAUUCCAGCAUUGGCAGCAGCAAGGAUGCUGAUGCAAAAAAGAAGAAAAAAAAGAGCUGGCUGCGAAGUUCCUUCAACAAAGCCUUCAGCAUAAAAAAGGGACCCAAGUCAGCUUCUUCGUACUCCGACAUCGAGGAGAUAGCCACACCCGACUCCUCCGCCCCGUCAUCCCCCAAACUACAGCACGGCUCCACGGAGACCGCCUCGCCCUCCAUCAAGUCCUCCAACUCCUCCUCUGUGGGCAUUGAUGUCACCGAGGGCCCUGCUCACCCGGUGCCCCACACCAGACUGUUCCACGCCAAUGAGGAAGAGGAACCCGAGAAGAAGGAGGUAUCGGAACUGCGUUCCGAGCUGUGGGAGAAAGAGAUGAAGCUCACAGACAUCCGCUUAGAAGCCCUCAACUCGGCCCACCAGCUGGACCAGCUUCGGGAGACCAUGCACAACAUGCAGCUGGAGGUGGACCUGCUGAAGGCGGAGAACGACCGGCUGAAGGUAGCCCCGGGCCCCUCGUCAGGCUCCACUCCAGGGCAGGUCCCCGGAUCGUCGGCUCUAGCAUCCCCUCGCCGCUCCCUGGGCCUUGCGCUCACCCAUUCCUCCAGCCCCAGCCUCACCGACACAGACCUGUCACCCAUGGAUGGCAUCAGCACCUGUGGUCCAAAGGAGGAAGUGACCCUUCGGGUGGUGGUGCGGAUGCCCCCCCAGCACAUCAUCAAAGGGGACUUGAAGCAGCAGGAAUUCUUCCUCGGUUGUAGCAAGGUCAGUGGAAAAGUUGACUGGAAGAUGCUGGAUGAAGCUGUUUUCCAAGUGUUCAAGGACUACAUUUCCAAGAUGGACCCAGCCUCCACCCUGGGACUGAGCACCGAGUCCAUCCACGGCUACAGCAUCAGCCACGUGAAGCGAGUGUUGGAUGCGGAGCCCCCGGAGAUGCCUCCCUGCCGCCGAGGCGUCAACAACAUAUCAGUCUCCCUCAAAGGUCUGAAGGAGAAGUGCGUCGACAGCCUGGUGUUCGAGACCCUGGUCCCCAAGCCGAUGAUGCAGCACUACAUAAGCCUCCUGCUCAAGCACCGGCGCCUCGUCCUCUCGGGCCCCAGCGGCACGGGGAAGACCUACCUGACCAACCGGCUGGCCGAGUACCUGGUGGAGCGCUCCGGCCGCGAGGUCACCGAGGGCAUCGUCAGCACCUUCAACAUGCACCAGCAGUCUUGCAAGGAUCUGCAACUGUAUCUCUCCAACCUGGCCAACCAGAUAGACCGGGAGACAGGAAUCGGGGAUGUCCCCCUGGUGAUCCUGUUGGAUGACCUGAGUGAAGCAGGGUCCAUCAGUGAGCUGGUCAAUGGGGCUCUGACCUGCAAGUACCACAAAUGUCCUUAUAUCAUAGGUACCACCAAUCAGCCUGUAAAAAUGACACCUAAUCAUGGCUUACACUUGAGCUUCAGGAUGCUGACCUUCUCCAACAACGUGGAGCCGGCCAAUGGCUUCCUGGUUCGUUACCUGAGGAGGAAGCUGGUAGAGUCGGACAGCGACAUCAACGCCAACAAGGAAGAGCUGCUUCGGGUGCUCGACUGGGUGCCCAAGCUGUGGUACCACCUCCACACCUUCCUCGAGAAGCACAGCACCUCAGACUUCCUCAUCGGCCCUUGCUUCUUUCUUUCCUGUCCCAUUGGCAUUGAGGACUUCCGGACCUGGUUCAUCGACCUGUGGAACAAUUCUAUCAUCCCCUACCUACAGGAAGGAGCGAAGGAUGGGAUCAAGGUCCAUGGACAGAAAGCUGCUUGGGAGGACCCAGUGGAGUGGGUCCGGGACACUCUUCCCUGGCCAUCAGCCCAACAAGACCAAUCGAAGCUGUACCACCUGCCCCCACCCACCGUGGGCCCUCAUAGCAUUGCCUCACCUCCCGAGGAUAGGACAGUGAAAGACAGCACCCCAAGUUCUCUGGACUCAGACCCUCUGAUGGCCAUGCUGCUGAAACUUCAAGAAGCUGCCAAUUACAUUGAGUCUCCAGAUCGAGAAACCAUCCUGGACCCCAACCUCCAGGCCACGCUUUGAGGGUCCAGCAGUCACUGUCACCCCGGACAGCAGAAUGCUGACAUCAGCGACGUUCUCUCCUCCUCUCCCCUCUCUUCUUCCAGAGCACUGGCUCUCUGGCCCAAGAGGACAGGAGAGGGAGGAGGAGGUAAAGGAAGAGAGCAGCUUGUUGGUGCUGCACCCUGAGAACUUCCUAGUAAGGACUGGUGGGGUGGAGAGUGGAAACUUGUGUCCCCUAGAUACAUUUAUUGGCCUCCUCUCAUGACUUUGGGGAAAAGAUGAUUCUGGGUCUUUUUCCUUGAUUUCGUGUCUCCAUUAUAAACUCCUAGGCUUUCUGGGGAGGGGUUCAGAAGACAGCAGAAAACCCUGCAGCAGUCCCUAACCGAUUCUCAUGAACAGCUCUGGGAGAGACAGCCCUGUGUGGGGGAAUCUGAGGGGGGCGGAAGCUCCCCAGAAUUUCUCGCAGACCUUUCUGCAUUCCGUCACCACUGCCAAUAACUCUUCCCCGGACAUCUGGCUGGAGCCCAGAAAAAAGAAGCAUGUGGUUUAAAAAAUGUUUAAAUCAAUCUGUAAAAGGUAUUUAAAAAAAAAAAAAAGAAAAAAAGAAAGAAAAGAAAAAAGGAGAAGAUGAAGCUGGAGAGAGAGGAAGCAGUUGCCAAGGCAGAGAACGUGCAUCCCUGGAUAACGUAGGGGACAAUGACAAGACGGCUGCCUAUCCUGGAAGUCACCAGACCACAACAAUAGCAUUCCAGCCUUCAGAGAAAGACUGUUGGCUCUGUCUUGUACCCUCUAAUUUAACAUGCGUGAGAGUCAAUAAACCCUACUCCUGUUAUUUUUUAUUUUCACAUUUUGUUUUAUUUCUUUUUUUCCCUCCCCCCUCCCAUGUGCCUAUUUAUUUGCCUUUUCAUUAUUUCUUCUUCUUCUUCUUCUUUUUUUUUUUCCAUUUCCUCUCAUGUCCGCAAAAUGCUUGGGUUGCUUUUCCUGGGGCUAGUUUGGCUUUUCCACACGGGUUUUCUUCGGAGAAUCUGAUGCCAUCUCAUCGGCACUAGCUAGAUGCCUGCCACGCCACUAUCUCUGGCGUCCUUGGGACUCAACAGGAGACACGAAGCACUGGCUCAGACAAGAGUAGUAGAAGAACCUUGACUUCCCUUUUGAGAAAGCACACGUUCUGCCUCGGAGCUCGGCUGCCACCCUCCGGUCUGAGCGUCGGUCACCCCAUGUUGAGAAAAGAUCCACUCUGAGCUCCACCCUGGGCUGGAUGAAAACCAGGAAACUGGAAAUAUUCUUUUGUCUUGUGGCCUGUUUGGCCCCACUGCACUAUUCUGAAUGGCAGCCAUUCUGCUCAACAGAAUCCAAAAUCCGUAGCUGGCCUUUACUAUUGGUUUUUGACAAGUAAAUAUUCCCUUGUAGGAGACUGGACAUCCAUAUGAAAUACUCCCAAUCAGAAUAUAAGGCUCAAGGAGUUUGAUUUCGUGGCAAAGAUUUGCCUUCCAAAGGGAUCCAUCCUCAGGAAAAGUUGCCCCAAAGGCCUGGCAGUCCACAUGCCUUCACUCAGCAAACACUUACUGAGUACUUCCUGUCUGCCAGCCACCAGGUUUAAAAAAAAAAAAAAACAAAACAAAGCAAAGAAGGCAAGACUUGAGUCCUUGUGUUCACAAUCUAGUAGGAAAUCUUAAGCUCCAUUAAGUGCACAGCCCCUGCUUAUCUGGACCCUCAGGAUCAUCUAAGAAAUGUAGCCCAAACCCAAGGUGCCACCUAGAAAGAAGCCUUUGCUGAGAUGUCUAGUACUUGGGAGACAGAAGAUCUGGGAUCCAUUAAGAUGGACCCUGAGGGACCAUGGAACCUUGCUUAUCUCAAGUGGACAAGUCCUCUUCCUGCCAUUCGUGGAGGCCCCCGUGGGGCGAGAUCCAGGCUGAACUGCCUGGCAAGGCUGAAGUUUCGGGGCUCUGCGGAUCAAGGAUAUGUGCUGAGCCCGGGCCCAAGUGUGUGUCCCUCAGAUUCCUAUGUAGCACAAGACCUUGUCAGAAUCCACAGGCACACGCACCUGGACUGUUGUGUCGCACCCAGCCAAGGAAUACAUGCAUCUGACUCUUCAUAUCAGAAUCUUUCCAUUUAGGUCCAAAAGACGGUCCAGGUUGCUCCCCGAGAACCUGGAAGCUCCCAGGGUUGACCGGCUCCUCUAUGCUGGAGACUGUUCAUUGCUUUAGCUGCUAAGUCCAUGAGCUGUGGAGAUCCCCAGCCAACUCAGCUGUAAAAUAUGCAAUUCUGUGGUGGGAAGAGGCUGUUUGUUCAAGGAUGGUGCUGACAUCACUGCCUUAAGGUCUCUGCUGUGCAGAACGAGGAGGCCCCAGAGCUGGGUGUUCUGACGUGGAAGGAAGGAUGGGCCUUCUUUGGACCGAGGCCUCUUCUGAACCGUGUCCUUAGCUCCAGUCCCGUGGCAAGGCUCGGACUUUUAACGCCAUCUUGACCGGUGGUCGAGCCUUUAGCUCUCUUCUCUCUGGUGCUGCCCAGCCAGUGCCUUCUAUCACGGAUGUUACUGGCUACUUGAGAAAAAGGAAAGGGAACAUCCCCUUCCUCCAUGCCAACUGCCUCAGACCCCAAAGGGAUUCUGGCUCCCUGGUAACCAUGGAUACCACCGUGAAUUUUAUUUGGAUCCUCAGUGGGUUGAUUCUGGAGGCCUCUCGUGAUGAAUUCUACUAUUUCUGGGACCCGCCACCCUCUACUCUGAGUUGACUGCUGCAUUUAGACCAGGUCUCUAGUUGCUUUCCUCCAAAAAGCGUGUUCCCAUCUAAUGAGGUGGCCCUGCAGCCUCAGCUUUCCCUCUGGAGCCUGGGACCCCGUUUACAGUUGCACACUUGGGCCCCGUUGCGGGCAUCUGUCGUCUCACCAAGGAAUCGUGGUGAUGUGGCAACUGCGGAAGGUUGAGUCUCCUCAUGGUGCUAUAACCCCUUGGGGUGCUCAUCCAGACUUCUCUGAAGCAGAAAACCUGAGCUCCCCCUUACUGCCCUCAAGUUAACGGCAAGAGCAAAUCCAUAGCCUUCUCUCCUACCUACGCACCUGCUUCUUAGUUGAGACUACCGGGAUCCCUCCGAAAAUGAAAACUGGGUCCCGCUGCUAACUUCUCAGCCCCCAGACACCUUCAGAAGAACCCAGCCUGUGUAGGACUGGGAUGUGUGCUCUCCCCUUCCUCUCCAGACUCUCAUUCCUCACCAAAGUGGGCUAGCAGAUGACACGGUUCAAUACCCAACAUCAAUCUCUGGGGAGAGCCACGACUCCAGGAGAGGUUCCUCCGCAGACUCCCCCUCGUUUCUGGAUGAAGACGACCAACGCAUUUUGUCCAGUGUAUGUGUUUCUCAAUCCCUGCCUAGGCACUAAAAAUAAAAUACUAGGUAAUUGGAGGCUAAUACAGGACCUGAUGUCUGUGUGUGUGUGUCUCUCCCUCCCUCCCAUUCUCCCUCUCUCUCUCUCAAGAGCACUUUGCUGUUGCUGUUUCCUAACUCCUGAGGCUUCAGAGUAUUUUUUAAAAAUCUAUGCUUUGUGGCAGCUCUACGGUGCUUACCUCUGUCUUUGUGUGAAUCCAACAUCUUUUUCAUGUAGUCUAACCAUUGGGAAGCUAGAGGCUAACAGGGAAGAAAGACUGGCUGUCCCAAUGACAGGCCCUACAGUGAAGUCCCUAUUGAUCGGCAUGCGACAUUUUGGUCUUGAAUUACCAGCCUUCUAACUAAUCUAUUCAAACACCUUAAGGAUUUCAGACAAAAAUAGUGAUUUUUGUUUCCCCCCUUUCAUCUCUGGCUCUUUGGUUCUUCUGGUUUGCGAGACUCCCAAUGGACCUAAUCUCACCGCGUCUCCACCUCUAGCUCCCUGACACCAGGGUCACACUAUUCAGAGGGAUACCCCCUUCCAGUCUCAGAGUAGCUAGUUCCUGUAGUGUUCCGAAAGAGAAGGGAGACAACAGCCUGCUCUUUCUCAGAAACACCUCACAUCACCGACUGAGAGGACAGCCACACACAGAAACCCUUCGGAUCAGUGAGAUUUGCCAGACUGACAGGGACUUGGUCCUACAAGCCAGCACUAGGAGACCUACGGGAGACUCUAAGGAUGCUUCAUUGCAGGGUGUUUGGGAAAGGAAGCUGUUCUUGUCCUGAUCACACAUUUAACACGGGGUUCACGUGCUAAAGUGUAAUCCAGAUCACCAAAUGCAACCCCUCAUCGUACCUUUUUUUCUUUUUUUUUCUUAUUCCUGGGCCUUAGUUAAGCUGAAGCUAAUAAGCAGAUUACAAGUCAACCCCACUGAUGGGAUGAAAUGUGUUUUUCCCGAAGGUUUACUAAUGGAUAUACUAAUUUAAUGCUGGUAUACCCUUGAUCACUAGGAACUACUAGCAGGUUCUGGCUGCUGGUGGUUCAUGGCUCCACUAAAGAGGCCAUAAGUAAUAAAAUGGUCUUAGGGACACUGUGUUCCCAAAAGGCCAAUGCCUGAAAAUACUGCCCUUUAUACUUGAAUCAGCUUUAUAUAUUCAUGAGUCCUCAACCAACCUGGUCAGGAAUAUACGGGGCCUCCAGCUUGGCUCCCCCUCACCCCCACUGAGGAUCCACGUGUGGAUGUGUGCUCAGCCUGGCCCUGGAAGCAAGCGCUGCCAGCCAGACACCCUGAGAAACAGAAGGAAACUGGAAGAGGAGGACCCUGAUAGAAAUCUGGAGGCCGCACGGAGACCGUUAGAAUGGAAAAUUAAACCUAUGUGUCCGGAUCCUCCCAGUUUGAUGUUUUGCUUAUUUUUCUGAAUGAUUAUGCCAUGGAGAAUUUUCUGUUGACAAGAGCGGUCAUGGAAGUAAGUGGGCCCUUGGUUCCUUGAUUCAACUCUUUCAUUUCUUAAAAUAGUGGUUUUCAAACUAUGUUUCCAGACCGGCAGCGUCAGCAUCUGGGAACUUGUUAAAAUUGAAAUUCUCAGGCCCCAUCUCAGGCCUACUCGGCCAGUAACUAGGGAGAAGGCCCAGCAAUUUGUGUUUUAACAAACACUCUUGGUAAUUCUGACGCACGCUACAGUCUGAAAUUCACUUUUUUAGAAGGACGGGCUAGUAGCAGAGUCGCCACACGGAGGGGCUUUAGGACCAAAACCAAGAUGGUCCUGGGGUAAAACUCAAGCUAUUACAUUAGUUUCAGUUACCUUUUUCGUGCUUCCCUAUGGUUCUGUUUUUCCUUUUAUUUAAAGGAAAAGGUAUGUGUGCUUUGGGCAGACGUUAGGGGGAAUGCUUGGCAUCUCUCCUAGUCGAACACAAUCUUUAGAGAAAAAUCUCCUGGCUCUGAAAUUUUUACCUGGGAAAUUAAUGGGCUGUAGCAGAAGAAAGCUGCCAGAGGUCUCUUCCAGACUGCUCCUCUGCUGGCUUAUUUGUGUCUACGCUAAGCCUUUUUUCUGAUUAUAUAAUAGGAUGGGAAAAGUCAGAAAAUCUCAUUUGUAUUUCCAUGGCAACUUGUUCUCUUAGCAACAUCCCCUCUCUUUUAGUUGAGUUCUAAAGGGCACUGCUGGGUCAGAGAAACCUGGCCAGAACCUCCUUCCCCAGGGCAGCUGGAGGGCUCCCGUGCCCAGGAAGACCCCUUCUCCGUGUUCUGCUCGGCUCACAGGAGGGACGGAAGCACAAUGACGACGCAGGACGGGGGGCAGCUGAGUCUCGGGGCUCAUCCUUCCCUUUCCCCACGCCAGGCCUAGGGUACGGAAUUACUCAGCCAGUGAUAGAAUGGAAUCCUUUAUAGAAGGGGGAAAAAAAAUCUGAGAAGAGCUUCUUAUUUUUGCAGAUUCACAGAUUCUAGCUGAUGGGGCCACGGGGUAGAGGAGGCUGCUGACUGCGGGCUUUGUUUCCAGUUUGUCAGUCUUCCCUGAGAUGGAGCUUGUGGGUAGAGGACAAAGAAAUGUGCUAGGACUAGGGCCUCUUGAAAUCUAGGACCAAGCACUGGGAGGAGGACCUAAGGCUCUUAGAAGACAAGCGUAAAACAAAUUGCACUAAAUUCACCCCUUCAGUCCCCAGAAGGCUGGUGACGCGCCUUGGGUCAUCUCCCAUGGGACCUUCUGGCUCCCAGCCAUUCAUUCCUCAGAGACUGAAGAUGUUGGAUAAUAAGCCAAGAGCUCCCAUACCCCGGCCAGUGUCUGGGCUACUGCUGUGCAAGAACCUCCUACUUAAUGGUUUUUGUUACUGUUGUUGGUUUUUGUGUUGUUCUUUUUUUUUUUUUAAAGAACAAUUUUUUUUUUUUAAUGAAUUCCAACCCCUACUAGUUUCCUUUCCUUCCCUCCCCCCACCCACCCCCACCCGGUUUUCAGCAGCACUGUUUAUGCGAUGGAGUCUGUGUUUCUCAAAUGCGUGGCAAUCCUCAGGUGGAAAGUGGGUAGGAAUUUUUACAACAGGUUUCUUUUUCUUUUUUAAUUUAUUGGACAUAAAGCCCCAAACCAGGAUAUGUGUGUGUCUGUGUUUAUGUUUUUUUUUUUCCCCCUCAUUUGACCCUCCCCCUCUUUCAGUCUACCCCCUUUUAUAUCUAAUGUAGAGAAAGCAAAUUUGAAUCUGGAAAGCAAACCGUUGUAUAUAGUUGCGGUAACAAUCAUGAGGAGAGCUGAGUUGUCCCCUCAGUAAUUCGUUUUAAGUAAAAAUUGGUUGACAAUGAAGUCCAUGGCAGGCCAGCUGAAGAGGCCUUCCUCCAUCACUGCCAGAGGCCCCUCUCAUCUGGGCCCUCUGUUCCAUCAGGCAUGUCUCCUCCCGGCAAGAUUCAUCUGUUUGAUGCCAUUUGCGUUUCAAUAAAGUUAUCUCCUGUAUUGUCCA